UUUAGCGCCUCGUUGCAUUUGAGACCAGUCUAUUUUGCACCGCCUUUGUGAAGAGCUCUCUGCGGGAAGAUGUUGAAUCUUAAAUAUCCUAGUGUUGUUCGCUAUGUGGUCAUUGUUACGGUGACUUUUCUGUUUAGUCUCCAAUUCGAGAUCGCUUCACCAACUGUGAGUUCGACAAGACCCUCGGUGGUACAAACCUCACCGAAUAAUGGUGGGAAUACCAAAAAGGUAUCUGACAGCCUCGAGAAUUCAAACGUAAGAUAUUUUCUAACUAUAUUGUAUUCUUAAAGGGUUAUUUUGAGGGAGUUCUUUGCGUGCCUUAGCAGAUGGAUAGCAGUCGUGUUGCGUUUUCUUACGCCCUCUCACUGUUCGCCAUCUUUUACCAAGCGUCUUCGGUUGGAAAAAAAUAAUCGACCAUUCGUCUUUUCAAAGGUUUCUCUGUGGGGUGUCCUCGGACAGCGCUUGAAAGAUAAAACAUAGACGCGACAAGAGUGGGUGAAAGAACGUAGUACACACGUUCUUUAACUUUUGUCGACUAGCUCUCCGUGACUGAUAGGAAAGUGCAGUGACUUUGUGCUUUCAUUGUUUGAAUCAAUUUUCAAGAUUAAGAGAAAAUCGAGUCGGUUGCCAACAUGAAGUCAUUCAUUUUACCAGAGGUUGCCGGCCUCGAAUGAUUUCGGUCCGUCGCUUCGCGAACGCUCUUGACCAUGCAUUUUUUUAAACAGUUUGUCUACAAGUUUUCAUAAAUCUAUUUCUUCCAAUCUUUCUAAAGCUUGCAAACGAAAACUCUUCAGUUUCUGCGAAGAAUCAUCGAUUUGGGUAUGUGUGUAGGGGAUCUUGGGGAAGUGUUAAAUACUCCAGAAAUUAAUAAGCUCUUCCGCUGGUUUGGUUACCAAAAACGUAAGUAAGUCACAAAGUUCAAUCCCUUGAAGAUGCUCUCCAUGAGAGGAAAAAAUAAAAAAAGAAAAUCGUAUUUUCCGAUUAGGCCAUGCACGCGAGUUGUUAAAACAUGCAAUUGACUUGUAAGGUCGUUGAUUGAUAACGCAGGACCAAGUGGCUCGUUUACUCAAGCUGUUGACACUUAAAGAUUUCACAUCUUAGAAGGUUAUCACUUGUAGCGGGUUGUCAAUUAACUGUAAUCAUAUUCAAGGCUGAUAAUCAAACAUAAUUUAGAGGAUAUAACCUUGCCGGGUGGGUUAAUACCCGUCUGAAAAUUUAAUUGAUAGAAUUAAUGCAAUUACCUCAUCUAAUUAGUAGUUACAUAGUACAACCAUGAGGGUUAGAGUGCAAUUAUAUUUUCUGACAACUGAAGUUCUGUAGAAUAACAUUUUUGAGGGUGUUUCUGGCAUAAAUUCCAAGAGUAGUUUCUUAAUCAGCCGAAAGAACAGGAAAAGAAAGAAUGCUUCCUCUAGCCUUUCAAAUGCCAAAAUAUGGCAGAAAGAAUCAUAAAAUUGAUUUUUCUUCCUUUUUCCACUGCCUUUAUAAGUUACACUGACGUCCGCCACAUACAGUGUUCCUUGAAACAAGCUAGUAGUUAUGAGAGUCUUAAAAAAAUGGCUAUUCAUUGUAGCUAGAGCGGUCAAUCGGACUGUGACAAUUAUUCACUAGAAAUUAUCGUUUUAGUCCAUUGAUAAAUAAAAAUCCUCUCAACUCGGAUAUAUACUGUAACGGGAGAAUACCUUGACAAUCAGCAAAGGGGUCUUGGUUUUAAAUUCUAUCGAUGGUUUACGAUCUUAAAAAGAAAAGACAUGGUUUGCCUGGUUUCCAGCUUUGCUGAACUGGACUGAAAAGGUUUGUCACCGGGAAAACCUUCAGAAAGACCUUGAAGCAGACUUUAAUAUUCCCGUUUAAUAGCACGAUUACCCGAAAUUCAAUGGAACACGUUGUUUUCAUAACAUGGAAAUAGGUUUCGUGCGUGUUUCAUUACAGCAACGUUCAUGUACUCAAGUUGCAACAAAUUUGUGGAGGCAACCAUGGUUGUUUGGGCCUCUUGGUCACCAAAUGUAAAUUGUGGAUUUUAAAUCAGCACGGAUGACUCGUACUUGAAAUAACUAUAACAUCAAGGAUACAGGUAACACGAUAAAUCAACGUCUAAGCUUUCAAAAUAUUAUAGGCACAACAAUGCAUUGAAUGAAAUCUUCAGUUUUCACUCCCUCAAAUGAAAAUGGUCCACAUCUUUCAACUACUCAACUCUGGUUUCCCUUACUGAUGCGAUAUUGUGAUUAUAAUUAUAUUAUAUAAAAUAAAUCCCUGCUCCUAGCCUAACCUUAAUAUCCUAUUUAGAACAAAAUAUUUCAAUCUCUACAUUUUUUGCAAGACCUCUGGUCCUAUUAUAAAUAUAGGGUUAAAAUGUAAGUAGCAGACAUUUCUAAUGUAAUUUGUCAGUCACUUUGACCUGCAUGAAUCAGGUCUCGUCCAUCAGCAUAUUAAGAUACGAACAAAAGAACCAAUGGCUGACCCUAACGAACGAGCAAAGGAAAGACUGAACUGCGAAUUUAAAUCAAAUGGAUGGAUGAAUGACUGAAUAAAAAUGUCAAAGAUCAACAGAGUAAAUGAAUGAAUGAAUGAAUAGGUAGAUGGAUGAAGAGCACAUAAGAGAAUGAGCGAACAAACGAGUGAUUUAGUGAACACACAUCCGUGCGCACUUUUAAUUGAUGAGCCUAUAAAACGAGUGGACCUCUUAGUAGAAAAUCGCAGAGAAAAACAUUGAGAAAGCACAGCGAUCGCCCUGCAAUCAUUCACAACAUUUUCCAGUAAAAACAGUUAAUGGUCCUGAAUGUUUCAAAAACCAUAAUCUUUCAGAUGAGUGCAAUAUCUGUAUAGUUGCAAAUACAUUACCAUAACUUAAAUCAUUGUACCAUUUUUCUCAGUGCUCCUCAUUCUUGAGUCUCAUGAGUCUUAAACAAAAACAUUCACGCGUUAAUACAAGAACGAAGAACGACUAUCUAUAAAUGGAACAGCAUAUUCCACACAAACCGAAAAGUGUUAAGGUUGUCUAACAGCUAAUACCUGAAAUCAGUAUUUCUUGAUAAAAUUUGGAGGGAAGCGACUACUAGAUGAUUUAAAAUGUGUAAAAAGUUGCUUUGAUUGUCUUUUGCAACACAUGUGGCUAAAAUAGAGCGAGUUUUCGAGGUGACGGUCAAUCAAAAGCCCAUACAACUAACCUUAGACAUACUUUUUUUAAGGGGAAAAAUCUUAGCAGAGAAACAGACAAACACAACCAAAAAAAACCUGACCAAAAAAGAUGUAACCGUCUUUUUGAGAUCGGAUCGUUAUGGGUUCUGCAAGCUAUUGAUAAUAACUAGUAGAGCCACUCUUUUCUUCAAAGUUGCAGACAGCAUCUGAUAAUGGCUCGGAUCCUGUCAAUCCGGCACAGAGUUGGAACUACUUCCGAAAACGUGGUAAGGGAAACAAGGGAAAGAAAGACAAAAAUGCCAAGGACAACACCAAAGUAAGGAAACUCUGUUAUCAUCUCACAAUCGGUAUGAUUUAUUUCAACUGUCAUAUCUGAUACUUUAAAACAGGUUUCGUCUGUAUUUAGAAGCCAUGUCGUUAGAGGUUGCAAGGCAAUUAGUUCCUGAGGUCUUUAAGUCACAUUUCCCAGCAACACAUCGAUUACUUACUAUUUCAAAUAUCUUCGCUUUGUUUUUUUUUCCUUUUUUUGUUACCUGUCAGAUUGUUUGUGACCCAGGUCCCCCUGGACCUCCUGGCCCACCAGGUCCAAUUGGGCCGCCAGGAGCUCAAGUGACAGAGGCUACGAUGUUGGCGGAGUUUAGGAACAUGGUGCAAGGUAAGAAGAGUAUUAAUCACUCAACUUUAGUUAAAUCAAACUUUCUUCUUAUUAAAAUUAAAGGAAUUUCCCUUGAACUAUUAUCUAAGUCAUUUAAUAUCAAUUAUAUUAAACACCCCUUUUGGCAUGCGUAGCUGAUGUGAUUAAUCGCGCUACAAUGAGGCCUAUUAGGGCUUUGAGGUCAAAUUCUUCAAAGGAUGCUGCGACAGUUACCAAUUAUGAAAAAGUUCAAAGGAUCAGCUUGGAUCAGCAUGAGUCGGCCCUGUAGGCAAUCCAAAGAGAGCGAAAGAAGUUGUAGCGUUUUAGGUUUUUCCACACAUUCAAUCCUUUCUUUAGGAUAUACUGUCUAAGUCACAAAGAAGAACUUCCAAACACAUGUAAUUAACACGUCCAACGAAGCUCCAUUUCAAACAUUAGACUAUCCCCAUAGAGCCUCAAAUAUCAAUAUUUAGCAUGUGUAAUGUGUCUUUUUUUGACAUUUUUUGUUAUAAAGAAAGUGCAAAUCGACGAUCAAGGCGAAUUGCAGACCAGGUAUUUACAAGUUUCCUACUGGCCGAGAGCAUCAAUGAAAAUUUCUCUUAUUCAACGAUCACCAUAGAACUGCACGUUGAUACACCCUAACGACCGCAAGUUUAGAGAGUAUUUGAUAGUAAAGAAAGAUGCCAUACACUUGCCAUGAGUGUUACUCGUGAAAGUAGAAACUCGCCUAUUAGCAGCUGUGUAGUUACGCACAACUGAUAGCUGAACCAUUCUUUUUGUGCGAGAAAAAUUAGACGAAAGGACGAUUAGUUACCUUGAGGGAAAAGGCCCAUCAAUCUGUUACUGACAAUCAAUGAUUAAAAAAGAACCAAGCAAAGCUAACAUAACUAAUACACGCUUCUUCCAACAGAAUAUCAGUCUGAUGGCUGCAGGUAUUCCAGAUCUGUUGUCUGCUCACCAUGUUCUCCUCAGAUACGCCAUUAACAUUCCAAAGAGGGCGCAUCAGGAGGUGCAAAACUACAAACAGCCGGUAAGUUUUGUAUGUCAUACAAGGGUUCUACGAUAACUUUUUGUGACUGUUUUUCUUUUGAAUGGCGUUAAUUUGAAUAGUCACACACUUAAGUGACUGUGGUAACGUAGGUGAUUUAGCGAAAUGAAUCCAAAACGCAGUGAACACAUCAAACAUUCUAAUUGAUUAAAGUGGUUGCUUUGAAAUUAAACCUUGUUAAAAUAAAAAUUGAAUACCUUAUGUUGGAAGUGCAUAUCAGCUCUCAUUUCAGUGGUACCUCACCAGCAUUCGUCUAACAACUCGAAUUUUGACUGCUGCUGUACCUUGGAAAAAAUGCAGAUUGUCUUGUAAAGAAUUACUUCUCACCUACUUUGAAUUAACGUUGAUCACAAUGAUUAUGCUAUUUUGUACACUGAUUUUUCUUCGAAUAUAAAUUAUUGACCCAUUAUGAGUCACCUUGACUGACAGGUUAGUUGCCUAGAAAUAAAAAUCUGCCUAGGGAUGCUUGCUAAAGGUAGACAAUAAGGUACAAAAAAAAAUUUAAAUUUCUAAUUGAAAAAAAAACAACAACAACAUGUCCGCCUGUUUUUCACUUUUACGAGAGGUGAUUUAAAUCUGUGAAUCAAAUGUGAUUGGGAUUCUUUUCUCCAGGGUGAUCAGGCCGGUACGUUUGUGCGUGGAAGUGAUGUCAACUUGCGUUCUGGUCAAUACUUCAUAAGGUACACAGGUGUAUACCACCUUACAGCCACACUCCUAAUCUCACGCGACAGGGAUACAAAUCUGCGCCCAAGAGACUACAUAAAAAUCAGCAUCUGUAUCAACUCACUGUGCGAAUUGAACACGUAAGUAGACGCAUAUGGCAUACGCUCUUAUCUAGGUUAAUUCUCAUCUUUUUAUUGAUUUUGGUGGUAAUUGUAUGUUUGCCUUAAAAGAAAAUUACUGGGGCGUCUUUUUUUAAUCCUUUGGCUGCCAAAAACUUGAACUGUUUGGCAAUAAAGACCGCAAACUCAGCAGGCACAUAGGUAGAGGACGAGAGCCCCGUCCCUAACCUUAUAACUCAGACCCGCUCGCCAAUGCAUCUGCUGUUAAGGCUGACGCAUAUCAAGGAAAAACGUGUCCCCUGAAAACAUCACAGUCUUAAAAAGGAAACUAAUCGCAUCCUCAACAUGGCUAAGUAAUUUCAAUUCCAAUUCCAGAGCUUUGACAACGAUAGCAGGAAUGGAGAGCAACAGCCUGAAGUUUUCAGUCACAGUUAGUGGAAUGCUCAUGCUCAAGGUAAUAAUUUACUCAACUUUUGAAGGAGUUAGGGGUUCCUUAUAGCCCGUUGCCAGUACGAUGUUAGUAUCAUGACCCUGCACAGAUGCAAUAUAUUAAAAAAAAGCAAAGGUGGCCCCUUAAGAAUCUAUGAAUUUAGUAGGCUAAAUACCUAAGGUGACGCUCCCCUUACACCACAUACUUUAAGCAAAUUGUUUUCCGACUGCAUUUCAACAUGUUUCUGCCAGGAGCGGUAUAUGGGCCCUCCGCUCACGCUGCUUCCCGUGUGACACAUGUGAAAGUUAAAGUACAUGUAUUCCUUCUUCCUAAUUUUACGUCAAUAAGUAAGUCAAGAUCGCCAUAUUUAAAUUCUCCUUACAUUGGUUAAAUCAUAAGUUAAGAAGAGAUGACAGUAGAGAACAUUAUUAGAUAGAGGACAUUACAUAGUUUCCACAAAGGUUAACAGUGCGACGUCUUCACUCAUUAACGAAUAAAAUAUUUGUGGUUAUUUUGAUCACCAGGCCGGGAGUUACGUGUCAGUUUUCGUCGAGAACAACACUAACAAGCCACUUGUUAUUUUGGAGCAGUCCUCUUUUUCCGGCCUCAUGAUUGGCCGAUAGGAUGACGUCAAAGGAAGGCGUUACAAUGGUUAGGAUAAACAAAAUUAAACCUGACUUAAUUUACGCUCUCCAUCAGUUUCAAAUAUUGUAUACAAUACAGUACAUCAAUUACAGAGUUACUGCAUAGUUCUGGCUAGGAUCCGCACCUUUUCCUUCAUAUAGACUGUGAACAAAGUGUAGAGCAAUAAUCUGGGGUAAUUUUCUAACAUUUCAGUGCUCAUAUAACGUUGUAGAUAUAUAAAGUUUAACCAGAGAAUAAGUACGUAGACAUAGUGGCAAGAAAUUAUAUUUCUGGUUUAAAACAUUCCAUGUCUUUGGCUGUGGCUUUCUUAUAGGGGAUGAGAUAUUGUUUGUUUGCAUGUAUCUUCCUACGCCACAAAUAGUUUAGGGCUUAAAGUAUACCGUUGUGAAAUUGAGACCUUGAAAAUUACCCUCUCUUGAAACGAAUUUCACAAAUUUACCAUCGGCUAAUUGUAACUCCCUGGAAUCCGGAACUGUAUUCCGUCUAAUUUAGCAGCCCUAGAAAAUGGGGCUUAACUAUAGUAUGAAAUUUGUUUACUUUCUAAGCUUCCAUGGGUUUUACACGGGGGGUCUUUAAGCCAAAUUCUAGAGUAAAUAUUUCAAUCCACUUUUCUUUAAUUUAGUUUCCAGUAAUAGUACAUAGUGUUUGUAAACUAGCACCUCCUAGUA